GAUGGUCUUCGCGGACAAGACGACGCUCGGCCAGAGUGCCAUCCUUGGUAUCUACCAGGGCGCACACCUGACGCAGAACCAGUUCAACUGGCUCGGGACCAUCUUCUACCUCUCCUUCCUCGUGUUCCAGUACCCGCAGAACCUCGCGCUGCAGUACCUGCCCGUCGGAAAAUGGAUGAGCGCGAACAUCUUCGUGUGGGCCGUCGCGCUGCUGUGCCACGCGGCGUGCAAGUCGUUCGGCGCGCUGUUCGCGGUGCGGUUCAUCAUGGGCGCGUGCGAGGGCGCGAUCACGCCCGGGUUCAUGCUGGUGACCGCGAUGUUCUACACGCGCGCAGAGCAGACGCGAAGGGUCGGAUAUUGGUUCCUGAUGAACGGGCUCGCGGUGAUCGUGCUCGGGUUCGUCGCGUUUGGCGUGCUGCACACGCACACGGGGCGCUUCAUGCCCUGGCAAUGGCUGAUGAUCGUGACGGGGCUCAUCACGCUCGCGACGUCCGUCCUGUUUUGGUUCUUCUUCCCGGACUCGCCCACGACCGCGCGCUUCCUGACGGCCGAGGAGCGCGUGUGGGCGGUGCGGCGCAUCCGGGUGAACCAGGCGGGCGUGGAGAACAAGCAUUUCAAGCGCGAGCAGUUUGUGGAGACCCUGCAGGACCCCAAGACGUGGCUGUUCGCAGUCUUCGCGGCUCUGUCGAACAUCCUCAACUCGCUGACGAACCAGCGGCAGCUGAUCGUGAGCCAGUUUGGGUUCACGCCGAUCCAGACGACGCUGAUCGGGUGCGUCGACGGCGUCGUUGAGAUGCUCGUCGUCUGGCUCGGCGUCACGCUCGCCUCGUCCCGGCCCAACGCCCGCGCGUACUCCGCCCUGGCCAUGUUCCUGCCCUGUAUCCUCGGCUCCAUCCUCGUCAACACCCUCCCGGCACACAAAAAAAUCGGCCUCCUCUUCUCCUACUGGCUCUCCAUCUUUGGCAUCGUCCCCUUUGCCCUCAUGCUCGGCUGGGUCUCCUCGGUCACCGCCGGUCACACAAAACGCACGACCACCAACGCGACCGUCCUCGUCGGCUACGCCCUCGGCAACGCCGUCGGGCCCCUCAUGUGGAAAAAGCGCUACCAGCCGCGCAACCACGUUCCCUGGGCCGUCAUCUCCGCCUGCUCCCUCGCCUCCGCCGUCCUCCUCCUCCUCGCCCGCGCCGUCCUCGCCCGCGAGAACCGCACCCGCGAGCGCGAGCGCGCCGCGCGCGCGGCGCGCGGCGACGGGGACGAGGACGGGUUCGACGAGGUGUACGUCGCGCAGGCGGACGCGGACGGAAAGACCGUCGAGCGCCGCGUCGACAGGGCGUUUUUGGACCUCACGGAUAGACAGAAUCGGGAGUUCAGAUACGUGCUCUAGGCCGCUCCAGGUCGGGCUUUCUUCCCCCCUUUUCUUUGUUCUUUUUUGUCUGCAGUAGCAGCAGAAGCAGAAGCAGAAGCAGUUUGUUUACGACCCUGCGAUGCGCCGCCACGCGACGCAUCGCGAGUUCUUGGUCCUGUACCCGUUACCCCGUUACGCGAUACACUCGGUGCAUUCGGUACAUAUAGACAGCCCGUACCCGUACAUGCGUAUUUAUCGAUACUGAUAUGUACUGUAUACCUCCU